AUGGAGAAGAUGAAGUGUGAGCUAUGUGACUGUGUGGCUAGAAUGUUCUGUGAGCCAGACCAGGCGAGUUUAUGUUGGGACUGCGAUGCUCAGGUUCAUGGAGCUAAUUUUCUGGUGGCUAAACACGCACGUUGCCUUCUUUGUAGCACAUGCCAAUCUCCUACUCCAUGGAAAGCUUCCGGUCUUCCAUUAUGUCCAACAAUUUCCAUCUGUGAGUCUUGCCUUGCUCGUAAGAAUAGCAACGGCUUUUGGUUAAGAGAAGACGACGGCGCAGAAUCUUAUGAUGAAGAUGAGGAAGAAGAUGAAGAAAGUGAUGAUGAAGAAGGGGAGAAUCAGGUGGUUCCAUGGGAUGCGUCUGCGGCGGCGCAAGAACCUCCGGUGAUGAGUUCUUCAUCAUCCGUUAGCAAGGGGGAGGAACGUUUCAGUUUGGUAGCGAAAAGGACGCGACAAGAUUCAGAUCUUAACUCCUCCGAUGAGGAAUCAAACGACUUACGACCUUUGAAACGGCUAACGAGAGAUGAAACCAGGCCAAGAUCAACGGUUGUGAUGAAAUCAACCUUGAAAACCAAACGACUGUGAUACACCAUUCUCUCAUCACUGUUAAUUGCUAACAGUUCAUCUUUUUUUAGUGAGUUGAGUUUAGUUCCCUUUAACGGCUUAGUUUGCUUACAUGUAUUCGUUGAGCCCUUCUGCUUAGCUGCUUAUUUGCUUUCUUUUUUAGUUGUAUUAUCCACCUAUCUAUAAUUAUGCUGAGAUUUUAUUUGUUUAAUCUAUUAGUAUGUUAUCUGUUAUGAC